UUACUUUUUUAUAUUAUCUAGAAAGUAUAAUAUAAAACUAAGAAAUGGCUAGCAGCACAUUUGAAGAUCAGGUUGAAAAACUAAAGGAGAUAUUACAAAAGUUUAAAAAAAUUGUGCCAUCGGAUUCAGCACUUCACAAGGGAGAACAUUUGCAUUAUUUUGGACCCCUAAACUUGAAAUUAGAGCAGGGACAUGUUGAAGAAAUAGUCACAAGACUAAAAUCUAAAUAUGAACGAUUUAGGACGAUAAACAGUGCUGGCACUGUGAUGAAUUCUGUCUCGGAAAAGAACAUGCAAGUGAAAUUAAAGAAACCUUUGAAAACAUGUCUAAAAGAUGUCAUAUCAAAACUGAGGGAUGUCGCGAAAGAUACUACUUUAAAAUCAACUAUUCAAAGACUGGAAGCUAUUGCACUCGAGGAAGGGUUACGAUUUGAUUGUGAACAAACAAACAACAAUUGUUUUAUCAGCUCAGACAUGUUCUACGUCGAGAUAGUUCUUGACAGUGUCGGACUGGCUGAGGAAGUGAAAUUACAUGGACAUACUGGUGUACCCAAGUCGUGGAAAGAGUUGAUAAAAAUAUUGAGAAAUAAAGAUUACACAGAAUUUCGAAGUCAUAUGGUGGGAUUAAAAAAUCGAUACCUACUCAAGGGUGAUACGUUCACUAAAUCAAAAAUUCUUACAUCACUUGAAGCUGUCGAAGAAGACGUCAUGAAAAUAUAUAAAUCUGAUAUGUCAUCCAACAUGGUUUCUGACAGCAUUUUAUGUGGACCUGUUGGUUAUGUUAUACCAAGAGUAGGCGGUAAAAAUUUACAAAUGACAUAUUGUGUCGAUCCGUUGGAAAUACUGGACAUGAAAAACGAAGGAGCUGUAAAAGUGUUUUCCAGCGAUGACCCACUCCCAGUUGAUCUUGGUUAUUCUGUUACGUUAUCAGUGCGACAAUCAGAGCAAACCUUGCUUCCUCUAUCUUCUCUGGUGUAUAACGAAAAUAACAUAGUUGCUUAUGUUAAACAGGAUUCGUCCAACAGUCAAGAGUUGCCUGCUUCAUUUGUUUUACAAUUAGCACAACCGCUACCUACGUCUGUUCAUAUCGCUAAGUGCUUGUAUAAAAUAUCAACAAAAGGUGAUACAUUUGUUCAUAGUUCUAGUGCUAACUUGGACGAUCUUAUUUUGCAGCAGCACAUCAAUAAAUCUCGCUUACAUUGGGAAGAAGAAGAAUUCACCACUAUAUUAUCUGAUCAAAUUCAUUAUUUUCGUUGCGUACCCAGCGAAGAUAAAGAUGUGGUUGGUCUGCUCCUAUCAGCUAUCCCAUUCAACCAUCCCUUGCAAAUACCUCUAAUCAUCAAGCUUUUGCGCUGUCAAGCUAUCUACAAUAUUUUGCUGUGCAGCUGUGUCCACCAUCAUGAUACUGACAGCCGAGAUGUUUUAGAUCGCAGCAAGUUAGUAUUCGAUGUCACGUGUUCUGACUGGAAUUGUAUAACUGUCACAUUUAUCCAUCCUAUCGACGAAACGAUAGCAUCAAUUGAUUUUAUCGUAUCGUUGGAUGGGAUUGUUGAAUGCUCGCUCAAUGUUAUCCCUACUUCACCCGUGUUUUGCACUAACGAAUAUGUCAAGAAGAUUGUCAACAGAUGCUUAUCCAUUCCCAUCUCAAUGAGACGAUUAUUUAAACAGUCAGAAUCAUAUAAACCGCACCUAGAAAUGUCGAUCAACGUUAAAACAGAAAAGACAUUGCAACGCCCCAUGAAAUUAUUAAUGCCCAGUCUUCAACAAAUACAGAAUGGCAUUCCGCUGAUGUCGCCAAGUCUUACAUCAUCUCCUUCCGCGUUUUUAAACUUUUCCGCCAGUGGACCUGGCGGUCCUUUGUUCCCGCUUGAUAAGAACAGCGGCCCUAAAAGACGCUCGUCGAACAGUGACGGAAGCCGAACGCCGAACAAAUUACAGAAACUACCGAAAAUCACUUUAAAACGUAAACGAGACAAGCAGGAUAUAUACGAGAUCGAUCAAACAAAGUCAGAUAUUGGCGAGGAUAACAUUGAACAGCCGACCAGCGCAGACUCUCUUUCGUUUAUAUCGCAAUUUGACCAAGACGUUUUAAAAAAUUCACCAGAUGGGUUGUUUCUGGAAAAUGACUCAGAUCUCGCAGGCUUGUUGGGCAUUCCUUCGGGACCCUUUGUGCAUACGGAUGGUUUUCCAGGUACAUCUCACGUGCAAGCAUUUGACUUAGAUGCCUUGACGUCUGGAGAAGAUUUGAAUUUAGACUCGACUAUAGAUCCGUCGGCGUUGACGUCUACUACGUUCUCCUCCACGGCGUUUGAUAUUGAUGCGGAUGGAAUGUUAGACAUCGACAGUUUGAUGAAUUCUGUACCAUAGUGUAGGAGACUAAAUUUCUAUUUAUGGGCGUAAAUAUUAAACGCAAAAUAGAGUAAACAUUAGGAAUAUAGUUAUUGUAUAAUAUUGUGAAUAAAUUACAUAUUUUGA